GAGGGCACGUCCGCCUUGUAUCAAGUGAGAGAAUGCUAUAAGUACAGACCGAGGAGAAGAGAAUCUAGAAACGUGCGCAGAUUCUACCUAGCUGCCGAGGAAAUAGACUGGAACUAUGCACCAAGUGGCCUUGACCUUAAAACAGGGAAACCUUUGACUGGAACCAGGUAAUGACAUGAAUCCAUGUCAUCGAUUCACAUAAAGAUAAGGGGCGUAGCUAGAGUGAAUGGAGCUUGGGGAAAGGUUUUCCCGCCCCAUUUCCGAAACCCAUUAUUUUCACAUUCCAUCAAAGCUCAUUGACUGCCUUCUUAGCCUGGUUGCCAAUUUUAUAAAAUUAAAAUUUUGUGACAGGUAUUUUAAACCCACAAAAGAUUUUUUUUUUAAAGUACGCAAUAUAAUUUAAAUUUUGUUUAAACCAAUCAGCUAGAACCGAUUGAAAUACUCGUGGUGUAUGGUUAUGUCUCUGUCAAUUACACAACUCUAUGUCAUAUGUCGCAAAAUCCCAUCUGUAACCUCAGUGUUUUGUAUGAAUUUUUGAGCAGUGUUUAAUUUCAUACUGUUAAUGCUUCUGCAAGUUUAAAGCUACCAGGAAGAAAUCCUUAAAGCCUAGAAUGUCGCGAUACGUGGGUGAUUGGUUUCUUUCAUCAAGUUCUUGCACACGUUCACAUGCCGGUAAUCACACCGAAUUGAUCACAACCGCUUCUCCAAAUAGCAAUGUAACCUUUAAGACAUUUGAAAACAAAUCAAUUUCUUCAUUUUUGUUCAUACUUCAUUUCACUCAUUUCCAAAGUUUAAUCCAGAAACAUAUAUAUCAGGCUCUACACAGCGUCACAUAACGAAGCUAUCUACAAGUAGAAGAACCUAGUACAGCCUACUUCCACCAACGGCCAAACAAAUAGCACUGAACCAAAUACAUACUAUAUACACACUACGUCACAAUUGCGAUAAAAAUACGUCACCAUACACGUCACAAGCGUAGUUGCCGGAACAAAGUUCAUUAACUAAACUAACCCACAGGUGACACCGCACAAACAAUAAAACACAGUAUUCCGUGCGCAACAAUGAGUAGUGGAUGCCCCUACUCGACAUAGUGUUUUUGCUACAUAAGCCUUAGAAAGAAAUCGGGCAACCAAAGUUAAGGUCUCUUACGGAUUUCUCUAAAUUUAUAAUAGCUCGCCUAUAUUUUUUUUUAAAGAGAGCCAAAAUGACUUAAUAUAAGCAUUCGUUACAGCUCACUGGAAGUUAAUACUACAACCGACCCAAUAACAAAAGUACACAGGCGGUGGAUGAAGGCUACAUGACUGGCUUUCGGGCCUGGCACAGAAUUCAUGAACAAAGGUAUCUGAUGACUAAUUGCCUUUCAAUAAAUUGGCUUACAAUCACCAUUGUAUCCCUGUAAAUUAACUAGUUAUCACAUUCACCAUUUCUCUUGGUCAACUCUAUAAAUCUUUAACAUAAAUACAAUUUUUUUUUUUUUAAAUUUAUUUUUUUUUAAAUGUUGAAAUCAUUUUUCCCCUUUGUACUCAUAAAAACGAUCCCAAUAUUUUUUCCAAAUAAAAAAGUGUGCCAUCUUCGUACCACACAAAUGGUGCCUGCAUGACCUACAAGAAGGCCAGGUUCGUCCAGUACAAGAGCCGGGCAUUCCGUGCUCGAGUUCCACAAACACGCCAGGAGGAGCACCUGGGCAUCCUGGGUCCAGUUCUCAGGGCGGAGCUUGGUGACAGGUUGAUCGUGACACUCAAGAACACGAUUCCUUUCCCGGUGUCCUUCUUGCCCCAUGGGCUGUCUUAUGACGUCACACAAGAAGCCACGGGUAGGUGACAGGUUGAUUGUGACACUCAAGAACACGAUUCCUUUCCCAGUGUCCUUCUUGCCCCAUGGGCUGUCUUAUGACGUCACACAGGAAGCCACAGGUAGGUGACAGUUUGAUUGUGACACUCAAGAACACGAUUCCUUUCCCAGUGUCCUUCUUGCCACAUCAGCUGUCUUAUGACGUCACACAGGAAGCCACAGGUAGGUGACAGGUUGAUUGUGGCACUCAAGAACACGAUUCCUUUCCCAGUGUCCUUCUUGCCCCAUGGGCUGUCUUAUGACGUCACACAGGAAGCCACGGGUGGGUGACAGGUUGAUUGUGACACUCAAGAACACGAUUCCUUUCCCAGUGUCCUUCUUGCCCCAUGGGCUGUCUUAUGACGUCACACAGGAAGCCACGGGUACGGUGAAACCAGUUUACUUUAGAUUUAACGUGGGUUUAUGUUAUCGAGACAUGUCCGUGUAUUGGGGUAUCUGAGACAGAGCUGUGUCAUACGUCACCCUAUGUGAAUUCAAACAUUUGAAACUCUACACUAGCAGGACACUGAGAAUGAGCCUAAUGAAUCAUACACAGAGGUCAAGAAUGAGCCUCAUGAAUCAUACACAGAAGUCAAGAAUGAGCCUAAUGAAUCAUACACAGAAGUCAAGAAUGAGCCUAAUGAAUCAUACACAGAAGUCAAGAAUGAGCCCAUUUAAUCAUACACAGAAGUCAAGAAUGAGCCCAUUUAAUCAUACACAGAAGUCAAGAAUGAGCCUCAUUAAUCAUACACAGAAGUCAAGAAUGAGCGUAAUUAAUCAUACACAGAAGUAUGAGCCUAAUUCGUUUGUGUUGUUAUUGAAUUUAUAGUCAGUAAUGUUGAGUUGUCUUUUAAGUGGUCAGUGUGUUGAGUUGUGUUGACCAGUAAUGUUGAGUUGUCUUUUAAGUGGUUAGUGUGUUGAGUUGUGUUGAGCUGUUAUGUUGAGUUUUCGUUCGAGUGGUCAGUUUGUUAAGUUAUGUUGACCAGUAAUGUUGAGUUUUCUUUUAAGUGGUCAGUGUGUUGAGUUGUGUUGACCAGUAAUGUUGAGUUGUCUUUUAAGUGGUCAGUGUGUUGAAAUAUGUUGACCUGUUAUGUUGAUUUUUCGUUCGAGUGGUCAGUGUGUUAAGUUAUGUUGACCUGUUAUGUUGAGUUGUCGUUCGAGUGGUCAGUGUGUUAAGUUAUGUUGACCAGUUAUGUUGAGUUGUCGUUCGAGUGGUCAGUGUGUUAAGUUAUGUUGACCUGUUAUGUUGAGUUUUCGUUCGAGUGGUCAGUGUAUUAAGUUAUGUUGACCAGCAAUGUUGAGUUGUCUUUUAAAUGGACAGUGUGUUAAGUUAUGUUGACCAGUAAUGUUGAGUUGUCGUUCGAGUGGUCAGUGUGUUAAGUUAUGUUGACCAGUAAUGUUGAGUUGUCGUUCGAGUGGUCAGUGUGUUAAGCUAUGUUGACCAGUAAUGUUGAGUUGUCUUUCGAGUGGUCAGUGUGUUAAGUUAUGUUGACCAGUAAUGUUGAGUUGUCUUUUAAGUGGUUAGUGUGUUAAGUUAUGUUGACCAGUAAUGUUGAGUUGUCUUUUAAGUGGUCAGUGUGUUAAGUUAUGUUGACCAGUUAUGUUGCGUUGUCUUUUAAGUGGUUAGUGUGUUAAGUUAUGUUGACCAGUAAUGUUGAGUUGUCUUUUAAGUGGUCAGUGUGUUAAGUUAUGUUGACCAGUAAUGUUGAGUUGUCUUUUAAGUGGUUAGUGUGUUAAGUUAUGUUGACCAGUAAUGUUGAGUUGUCGUUCGAGUGGUCAGUGUGUUAAGUUAUGUUGACCAGUAAUGUUGAGUUGUCUUUCGAGUGGUUAGUGUGUUAAGUUAUGUUGACCAGUAAUGUUGAGUUGUCUUUUAAGUGGUCAGUGUGUUAAGUUAUGUUGACCAGUAAUGUUGAGUUGUCUUUUAAGUGGUCAGUGUGUUAAGUUAUGUUGACCAGUAAUGUUGAGUUGUCUUUUAAGUGGUCAGUGUCUUAAGUUAUGUUGACCAGUAAUGUUGAGUUGUCUUUUAAGUGGUCAGUGUCUUAAGUUAUGUUGACCAGUAAUGUUAAAAGUUGUCGUUAGAUUUGUCAGUGGGUUAAGUUCUAUUGUCCAGUAGUGUUGAGAGCUCGCAGAGGGAUAUGGAUUGUUGUGCCUGAGAGUGACAGUAGCGUUAGUUGUCAGAGAGUUUAACGACCAUUAGGCGGUUGAAGUAUGUUCCUUGGAUGUUUUUUCUACUUUGAACAAAAUAAUAAUAAUUUGACAGUGGGUCACGUUUUGUAAUAAAUGACGUCACCAGGCGUGGCAGAAGAAAAAAAAUUAGACACCUUGAUCCACUGCCUGCAAGAAUGUGGAGGUUAGUUAGUAACACAAGUAUAAUAGAAGUUUAAGAAUAUUUUUUUUUACUUAGUUCGAUAAACAUUUUGCAAUCUCAAGGGAAACAUGAGUUUUGAAAACUCUCUAAACCCUCCAAACAAACAAUCUAAUCGCCUAUGGGAUUAAAUUUGUUUUAAACGCCAUCCCUCCCCCUUUUUUACAAGCAUCUAAGUUUUUUCGAAUUUUGUACGUUUCAUUUUAAGAAAAUACUUUUAAAUUGUCCCCGUGGCCCCCAUGGUCUCCCUUUUCCCGAACCGACCACUAAGUCAUUUCGAUAGCCCAUCACAAGAAAUCACCGCCCAUAAUGGGGUAUCUACGUGAUUAUAUGAAAGUUGAUUGAUUACCUUCCACUUUUCAUGAAAACAUUGUAAAAGUGUUGUAAUGUGUGUUCAUUUGACACUUUAGGAAAUGUGUUGGCGCCUUUCUUUAAAAAAAAUAAGAAUAUCAUAGAUUUACAUUAUGGCCAACGAUUACCCUCUAAGGUUUGCUGUUUCGUGUGCAAAGUCAUACGGUUGUGAGCAAACUUAUACAGCAUUACUUUUUUUUGUGUGCAAAAUUUUACAGCUCAUAAACACAAGCACACAAAUAUAUGGAAGUUAGCUGCGCGGAUACUCAAUACUGCUGCGCGGCGACUAUGAGUUAGCUGCGCGGCUGCGCAGCCGCGCAGCUUAAAAGGAACAUUGAUUGUGGUAUACGUUAUUUUAUUAGUUGAUUUCCAUUGGGACAUUUUUUAAAGAAAUGAAAUCAACUAACCUAAUCGAAGAUAAUAAUUCUCAAGUUGAUCUUGCCCCCCCCCCUUUUUUUUAAAAUCUUCCAUCCCCACCCCAAGGGACGUAACUAAUGUAAAUACAGUGAAAAGACAAAUGGAGUUGUCUAUGCGAAUUAUUUUACCAAUAAUACCAGCGCCAUAGAAGGUAUUCUGUCAGUAAUGACAUUAUCCCAAGGCAGUUUAAAAGAGGAAUAGAUGACACCUGAAAGGCAUGUUAAAUGGUAUAUAAAUGUAUGGAGCGCCAUCUGGAAUUAUUAUUAUAGAUUAUUUAAAGCAUUUUUAAGCGUAUUUUUAAAGCAGUGCGGUUGCGUUGUCCCAGCUAGUAUAAUAUAGUUUUUGUUAAACUUUUCUUUUCAGACGGACCAGGUGUAUCUGGGGGAUCUGUCCAACCUAACCAGGUGUACACAUACACCUUUGAUGUACCUGAGAACUUACUGAACGACACCAAAAAGCCUUGUAAAAGCUUUUUGUACACGUCAGCGCACGACCCAACGCGUGACCACAUCACCGGACUAGUUGGACCGCUGCUGGUCUGCAGGAAGGGCUAUCUGAACAGUGGAGAGGUAGGUCACAACCGGGUAUAUCACUUUGAGCUCUAAGCAAGUGGCUGGGAAGGCAGGAGUUCUUUGAGCUUUUAGCAAGGGGUUGAGAAAUCAGGAGUUGUUUGAGCGUCAGACAAGGGGUUGAAAAUUCAGGAGUUGUUUGAGAGUCAAGCAAGAGGUUGGGAAUGAAGGAGUUCUUUGAGCGUCAAGCAAGGGGUUGGGAAUCAAGGAGUUCUUUGAGCAUCAAGCAAGGGGUUGCGAAUCAAGGAGUUCUUUGAGCAUUAAGCAAGGGGUUGGAAAUCAAGGAGGUAUUUAAGCAUCAAGCAAGGGGUUGCGAAUCAAGGAGUUCUUUGAGCAUCAAGCACGGGGUUGGGAAUCAAGGAGUUCUUUGAGUCAAGCAAGUGGUAUGGAAUCAAGGAGGUAUUUAAGCAUCAAGCAAGGGGUUGGGAAUCAAUGAGUUCUUUGAGGCAAGCAAGUGGUAUGGAAUCAAGGAGGUAUUUAAGCAUCAAGCAAGGAGUUGAGAAUACAGGAGUUGUUUGAGUGUCAAGCAAGGGGUUGAGAAUACAGGAGUUGUUUGAGUGUCAAGCAAGGAGUUGAGAAAUCAGGAGUUCUUUAAGCAAGAGUUUGGGAAGUCAGCAGCUAUUUAAGCUUAGUUGUUCCCCCCCCCACACACACACUUUUUUCACGCCACUCAACUAUAUAAAUUUUCUAAAGCCCCACCUCCUUUUGCAUAUUUAUUAAAUCAUAUUUAAAUUGAGACUAUCUCCGUAAAAAACAAACAGAAAAUAUUACGCACCAAACGCCCAUGUGGUACUUGUAAUAAUCCUUUUCAGCACAGUUAUCGGGAAUUUUAUUUUGCGAUCAUUGGAACUCGUAAUUGCAAAAAGGCUUCACACCUAGAGAGUUAAUUUUAUUGAUAUUUUUAUAAAUUAUUUAUUGCUGAUUAAAAAUGUUUGACAAUUUCAAUCAUUCCAAAGUUUCUAUCGUCUUAGUCCAAACCACGUGAGUUUUUCCUGCUUCUGUCCAUCAUGGAUGAGGAGAAAUCGCUGUACCCUCCACCCAAUGUAACUACAGGAAGUGACGCCACGGCAACCAACACGAAGUUCGGUAAGUAUGGACGUUUGAUUGGAUGAUGUGAUGGCAAGGACACAUUUCCUCACCACGACAUCGAAAGCAAUCUCAGGAAGCCUGAAAUCUGGGAGUUAUGGAUAGACAGUAUACUUUUUAAAUUAGCAGCGGAAAAAAUCUUCGAAAGACUAACUGACCCACGUCCCGUCAUCCUAUCAAGCUGAAACGUGGCACAUAAACACAAUGCCGAUUUAAAAAAAAAACAUCCGUUAAAAGUUUUAUCCCCACCCCAAACCCAAAGAUAAGUUUUCCUGUUCUUCAAUUGGGGGGGGGGCGGUUGGGGGAAAGGAGGGCUUGUUAAUGAUUUGUUAUAUGGGUGCGUGCUUUGGUGUGGAGAUUAGAUGUGUAGUUGUUGCUAUAUGCUUUAUAUUUGUGACACAUUUGGGUAUGGGAGAAAGUUUUCCUGUUCUUCAAUUGGGGGGGGGGGCGGUUGGGGGAAAGGAGAGCUUGUUAAUGAUUUGUUAUAUGGGUGCGUGCUUUGGUGUGGAGAUUAGAUGUGUAGUUGUUGCUAUAUGCUUUAUAUUUGUGACACAUUUGGGUAUGGGAGAUGACGUGGUUACAUAUAAAGUUUGAUAAAAACUAUUCCCUUAUCAAAUAUCAAUUGCUGCAAUCUCAUAAAAGAUUAUUCACGUGCAAUUACAUAAAUGCAAACAAAAUUGUUUAUUUAGGAUUUAUACCAAAGACUUUGGUAUUAGGAGUUGGUUUAAAUGAAACAUUGUAAUUAGAUGAUGUCCACACCACUGUGAAUAAAACAACAUAUAAUGUCAAUCUUUUAUGAACCAUUUCAAGGCAUCAAUGGCUUUGUUUACGGCAACCUCCCUGGUCUGUCUGUGACGGUGGGAGAAGACAUUGUCUGGUACGUGAUGUCACUUGGAUCAGUCAUCGAUGUUCACACGGCCACCUUCGAUGGGAACACGUUCACGGAGGAGGGGACCCGGAGAGAUGGGCGGAGUCUGGUUCCUGGAGUGACAGCCACUUUGUCUAUGCGUCCGGAUAAUGCAGGUACGGUGACGUCACCUGAACUCACUUUCGAAUGACGAAAAUGCACUAGAAACUUAAAUAGACGAAGUCAGGCUCGGGGUUAUGAUCCACCACAGUCAGGUGACUGCCCCCAUGGCCAAUCACAGUCAGGUGACUUCCCCAUGGUCCAUCACAGUCAGGUGAUUGCCCCAUGGCCCAUCAGUCAGUUGACUGCCCCAUGGUCCAUCACAGUAAGGUGACUGCCUCAUGGUCCAUCACAGUCAGGUGACUGCCCCAUGGCCCAUCAAAGUUAGGUGACUGCUCCAUGGUCCAUCACAGUCAGGUGAUUGCCUCAUGGUCCAUCACAGUCAGGUGAUUGCCUCAUGGUCCAUCACAGUCAGGUAAUUGUCCUCAUGGUCCAUCAAAGUUAGGUGACUGCUCCAUGGUCCAUCACAGUAAGGUGACUGCCUCAUGGUCCAUCACAGUCAGGUGACUGCCCCAUGGCCCAUCAAAGUUAGGUGACUGCUCCAUGGUCCAUCACAGUCAGGUGAUUGUCCCCAUGGUCCAUCACAGUCAGGUGAUUGCCUCAUGGUCCAUCACAGUCAGGUGAUUGUCCCCAUGGUCCAUCACAGUCAGGUGACUGCCCCCAUGGUCCAUCACAGGUGACUGCCUCAUGGUCCAUCACAGUCAUGUGAUUGCCUCAUGGUCCAUCACAGUCAGGUGAUUGUCCCCAUGGUCCAUCACAGUCAGGUGACUGCCCCCAUGGUCCAUCACAGUCAGGUGACUGCCCCAUGGUCCAUCACAGUCAGGUGACUGCCUCAUGGUCCAUCACAGUCAGGUGAUUGUCCCCAUGGUCAAUCCCAGUCAGGUGACUGCCCCCAUGGUCCAUCAAAGUCAGGUGACUGCCCCCAUGGUCCAUCAAAGUCAGGUGACUGCUCCAUGGUCCAUCACAGUAAGGUCACUGCCCCCAUGGUCCAUCACAGUCAGGUGACUGCCCCCAUGGUCCAUCACAGUCAGGUGACUGCCCCCAUGGUCCAUCACAGUCAGGUGACUGCCCCAUGGUCCAUCACAGUCAGGUGACUGCCUCAUGGUCCAUCAAUCAGGUGACUGUUCCAUGGUCCAUCAAUCAGGUGACUGCCCCAUGGCCCAUGCGUUAUGUCCCUGCCCCAUGGUCGAUCCUGUUGCUGUGGAAAUCAUGGCAACAUUGAAAAGUAGAAGUAGCUAGAAAUAAUGUCGGAGAAACUAGGUGGCUAUGACAAACCUUUUUAUUGCAGCAUUGUUUUUAGAGUGCUCGUCACAAAACAACAAUAAAUAAAACCCACGUCUCCAUAUGGUCUCUACACCAAUUUAUCUCUAAAACCAAUAUGUAUUGAUUGGUCAAUGACUAUAUUUAACAGUGUGUUUUUGACGUCUACUUUCUAGGACGGUGGAUGGUCUACUCUGACUCGACGUUCGCCAGGUCGAAUGGAAUGUUCGCCUUUUACACUGUCUCCGAGUGCGCCGAUACGAGACGUGGGGACCCGAAGAAUAACGGGAAGAUCUUGGAGUAUUACAUUUCAGCUGAGGAGGUCCUAUGGGAUUACGCGCCACUGACCAGGGCUCUCGUGACGGGAGAGAACCUCACUGACCCCAACGUGUAGGAACUCCAAACCAAAUGCUUUAUAGAAAUCUUUAUAGGGUCAUGUUUUAGUUCAGAUUAGGACCACGCUGCCAUAAGCCCGCACGCGGGGCAGAGCAUGAAUAUAGGCGCCCUCUUCCAAUACAAUAUGUAUGUUGCUACACAUAUUUUGCAUGAAAAAGGUUAAUUUCGGCGCCCUCUGAAGUUGGCACCCGGGGGGGGGACACUCUUUUGCUUCCUCUCUAUAACGCAUUUCCCUGCCUCCAAUUUUACAGUAUUGUGGGCUUCAUUGUUAUAAUUUAAAACAUCAAAAAUUCAAAAUAGAAUUGAAGAGAAAUUUAUUAGUGGAUUAAGCCCCCUCCCUAAAUCAGUAACAAGCUAUUGGCAAGUGCAGGUCUCAUAUUGUGGACUAUUGUAUACGAAUUAUGAGUGGACCUUAAAAUAAGUCAUUGUCCUGACAAUUGUUUAAAAAACAGUUGGUUCAUUUGAGACAAUUAAGUCUCUGAGGCAAAACUAUAAUGACUUAACAGCUAAGGAUUAACCCAUUCAGAAAUUAAUGGUCAUGUUUUAUCAGAUGUAUGUGAAAUAAGUUUGACAUUCAUUAUUUUAAAAUUAAACAUAACAAAAAAAGAAAAGAAAACAACAACCGACAACAACCGACAACAGCCGACAACAACCGACAACAACCGACAACGUACUUUGAAAACAAUGUUUAGAAUUGUUGUCCUGUUAGGCUGUUUGGAAGAUAAAGACAGGACCUGAAUGUAAGAAACUAAUGUUAUCAACCAAUACCUGAAUUGAAGGCAUAUUUUUUUCUUGGUCAGUAUUUCUAUAUGUAUCAUUUUUGAGUAUUUCUAUAUGUAUCAUUUUUGAGUAUUUCUAUAUGUAUCAUUUUUGAGUAUUUCUAUAUGUAUCAUUUUUGAGUAUUUCUAUAUGUAUCAUUUUUUAGUAUUUCUAUAUGUAUCAUUUUUGAGUAUUUCUAUAUGUAUCAUCUUCAGUAUUUCUAUAUGUAUCAUCUACAGCGACGGCAGUAUUUUUGUGAGACACGACGACCUGUUCAUUGGUCACCUCUACAAGAAGGUCAUCUACCGUGGUUACACCGACUCGACAUUCAGCUAUCCGAUAGAAAGUUCACGUGAUAUCCUCGGGCCGGCCCUGAUAGCUGAAGUUGGGGAUACCAUCAGGGUGACCUUCAGAAACAACGCCAGCCGACCCUACUCAAUCCAUUCCCAUGGUGUCCAGACAAGGUAUUUAUAUGUCCGAAUGCAACCAUGACGUGAAUUGGUAAAAAGUUUUCAUAUACAUUUUAGUAUACAUUUACAUAGCACGCAUCGUUCUUUAUGGAUCAAUCCCAUUUGAUCUUAACAGGUAAGGCUUGUCUGGUCACUGUUAAGGGAGACAUUUGCUCGUCUUAGCAGAUCAGUUUUGGUUACCGUGUUAGUGACUUGCCGGAUGUCACAAGAUGACACAUCACCAAGUCUUUAUGUUAGACAUAUAUUGUCUUCUUAGCACGUUGCCCCGGGAUACCUAAUUAAAUUGACUCAAACUUAGCAGGAAAUUACUUCUUUUAUUGUCAUGUUUUUCUGUUUUAAGAUUUCACACACCUUGUUCUUCUAUUUCCUUCACAAAACUUGAACGCAGUCCUUCAUUGAGUCUCAUUUAAAUUAACUUAUAAUUUUUCUUGUCUCUUUAUGGUUUUCUAUACUUGAAUUUCCUUCGCCUAUAAUUUUCAACUAGCACUUAAUCCAUAUACCGUAUAUACUCGCAUAUAAGCCUACAUCGCAUAUAAGACGACCCUCCUAAAACUGCUUUAAAAUGGCCAGUUUUUGGCAAAAACCCGCAUAUUAGCCGACCAUUCAAUUAUCUAAUUUUACUCCAUAUUUUUGGUUCAUAGAAAUGUGUUACUGUAAAGAUGUAAAAUGCUUACGUUUAUGUCACAUGUUUGUUUACCUUUUGGAAUGACACAAAAACGUGUUCUUCUCUUUCACACUCAGUAUAAUUAUCAGCUAUGCAUACAUUAAAUUCUUUGAAGUGACACCUCUGUAUAUAUAUAUAUAUAUAUAUAUAUAUAUAUAUAUAUAUAUAUAUAUAUUAGUACUCUGUACACACAACCCAAUAAAGAUUCAGAUAGCGAUGAAAAUGAAUGGCUGGAAAAUUCGCAUUAGUGUCUGUACUUGUGUCCAUUUUGUUUUAUGCGCAUAUAAGCCGACCCCCCUGAUUUCAGUAUUGUAUUUUAUAGUUCUAAAUUCGGCCUAUAUGGGAGUAUAUAGGGUAGAUUGAUUUUAGAAGAUCGUUAGACGUUGUAGGCAUCUGCAACAAAACGAUGAGACAUCUAUGUCAUCAAGAUAUGAGUUUUAACUAAUUAAUAUUUGAAGAAAAAAAGUUUAUCUGCAUAUGGGAAUAUAAAUUUAACUAUCAAUAAUUUUAUCAAUGGAACCGCCAAUAAAGUAAUAAACCUAAAUUAUUAUUUUUUUUUUAUUUAAAUAAUUGAAAAUAUAUUUUUUGUCGCUAACUUGUACACCUGUCCCAUCUGUCACAGCCAGGAGUCCAGCGGUCUGGACUACGGAAGCGCAAGUCAAGUGGGACCAGGUCAAACAUUCGUGUACGUCUGGAAGCUACCAGAACGUUCCGGCCCAGGUGCCAAGGACCCCAACUGUAUCCCCUGGCUGUACUCAUCUUAUGUCGACCCCGUGAAGGACAAGAAUUCUGGCCUUGUGGGUGCGUUGGUCGUCUGCAGGUACGUUGAGUCUCACUAUCUUUAAAGUUAAAGGUGAUACACAGUUUGCAAUGGACGAGAUGGCUCACUACCGUUGGAUAUUGUUGUAGCCGUGUGCCGAGUGGGCGACUGGUGGGUGACUGGUUGGUGAAUGGUGGGUGACUGGUUGACGACUGGUAGUUUUAAAUUGUAGUUUACAUAUGCAAGGAAAUUUUAAUAGUAAAAUACGAUGCCGACUAGUCUUUGUUCUGUGUAAUAACUCAUCUUUAUGCGUCAUUGUACAUUCAUUUUAUACCACAAAUCACACGAUCACUCACUCCAUUUCUACAACCAAUAUUCACAUCUUUGUUUUUAAACAUUCAUGAAAACAACUCAUUAAGUGGUGCCAUACCACAUGACAACAAUGCAGGCCAAUCGUGUCACAAAGUUCACUCAAUACACACACAAAAUAAUCGUCAGUCUUACAUGCUAGAGCAGAAAUCAGGUUAUGAGAACAUUAUCUUUUUAAUUGUUCUGAGAAUAUCGAACCAAGAUAUUGAGCAAGAAAAAUGGGAAAAUAAAGUCAUGGACACUAUCAAAAAAGACACAUAUAAAACUUGUUAUUUACAGUAUGUCAAACAUCUAAGUAUAAACAAAAUAUCAAGAGACAAAGUUAAAGCUAUUUAUAAAAUAAACGCUGGGGAAACCCCUGCAUUUAACAGUCUAUUUAAAGUAUGACAAACAUAUAUAUCUAGCAAUAAAAUUAUUUAUAUAAGUCAGAUGCGAUGCCUUGUGUCAGAAGGAGUCAUCACAGGACGCAGAACUGACGUCAUCUUGAUGAUACAUUGUCCUUUAAUUGUAUUCGCAACUAAACUGCAUAUAUUUGUUGCAUGAUAAUUGAAGCACUAUCGAAGUUUUAAAAAUAGAAAACAUAAAAUAGGUAAUCGAAUAUCGAAAUGACUACCAAUGGUUUAUUUCUUAUCGAUGCAUUUGGUCAUUUUGGUGUUAUUAAAAUUGAAACACCAGGCCUGGAAUCCUGGACUCCUACGGCAGACGUAAAGAUGUCAGGAGAGAGCUAUAUAUUUACAUGUCUGUACUGGACGAGAACCUGAGCUGGUACCUGGACGACAAUGUGAGAAUGUUCGCACCUGGAAGAGUGGGGACAGAUUACAGGUAGGUGCUGCACGGUCCUGGUGAAGCUUGGACAGUUCAUGGCAUUAUACGCCCAGUUUUAGUGCGAAGACAUCCUAGAUAGGUUUACGUACAUUCCUGACUGAGUACGGAGAUAUUAUUGUUAGAUACCCUACGCCCCUUUCAGAGUUGAUAUGCACUGUUAAAAAAGGUGCAGUGACCUCCUGGCUAUGUAGAGAUUACACUAAAGCCCCAUCUCCGCAUGAGAUUGAAUUUUUGCUUGCCUUUAACGCUAUAAUUUUGCAUUUGUUUUGAUUUAAUGUUUUUGAGGAUUUGAAGUUUAAAAAUAUAUAUAUUCCAAACAAAUAAGUAUCAAUCUUGUUUAGAAGUGACCCCGAAUUCGAGGAAAGCAAUAAGAAGCACGCCAUUAAUGGACGUCUCUAUGGCAACAACGACAACAACUUGGUCAUUGAGUACGGGGAGAGAAUCGUCUGGUACAUGAUGGUGCUUGGAUCGCAGGUAGCUUCCCCUUUUAUUUUUGAAUUAUUUAAAUAAUUUUUUUUUAAAAUAAUAAUUUUAAAAAUUGUAGCCUCAAAUUUAGGUUUUUUAUGAACCACUUUUGACCUUUGUCUUUCAAAUAUAUUUUGUUUCUCUGUUUUCUCUUGUUUCUAAAAUUAUUUACAGUUGUUCAUCAUAAGGAUCAACUUUAUGGCAAUGCACUUCCAGGUCGCCCCUUGACAUUGACAAUUUAUAAAGUUUCCUUGUUGUAAACAAUUAAUAUAAAAAUCAUGAACAUGAUAAUUAGGCCUAAUGAACUUCGUCUGAGUCCAGCAUUACGGUAUUCAAGUUGACUUUGAGCUGAUACAACUAGAGCUAUUCAAUUUUUAUGUCUAUAAUCGACGAUAACUUAGGGGAAAAGUAUGACCCCCUCGCUUGAUAUAAAAAAAAAUAAUUUAAAAAUAAGCACUUGAAAAUCUAAGCAGGAGAACGAAAAAUAAUUAUGUCCCUUACAUACACCGUUGAUAUGCUUGGUAAUCAUGUUGGAGAGUGGCCACAUACGUCACGGUAGUGUCUUUCUCCACUGCAUUUCUCACUGUACACAUUUACUCUUCUAUUCUCUCAAUCUUUUCAUUUACUGUCUUUGAACACUAUUCCCAGUCCAUUUCCAUAAUUUCAUGUACUUAUUAUUUUUUUAAAAACAGAUUGACCUUCACACCAUUCACCUCCACGGACACACGUUCAUCCACUCCAGCGAGAAGCACAGGGCUGACGUCAUUCACAUUUUCCCCGGCAUGGCCGAGGCCGUCGAGAUGACCGCUGACAACCCCGGCACCUGGCUCCUACACUGUCACGUGAUGGAUCACAUCUUCGCCGGCAUGGAGACCGUCUACACGGUCUUGAAACCA